UGUGUAUUUUAUUAUUUUAUUUUAAUGAAGGUAAAUAUUCUCCCGUAGUGAUUAAAUAGAAAAGUGAACUGUACCUUUAAGAAAAAAUACACAUUUAUUUCGUGUUUCUGCCUUCCUGCCGUAUAGGUUUGCGUAAAAUCUGUAAUUCCAAAUUAUCUGUCUAUAGCUGAAAGCAGUGUUCACAAAUAUUGGGUUGUACGACUGACAAAUCUUCCAUCCAACCGGAUAUAGAAAGAAAAACCAGGAUUGUUAAUUUUAGAGCUACGGGGGCAGGAUAUGUGGAAGGACAGGGCGGGCCAAUGUAUGAACACGUUUGACAAAGUGGGGAAAAAGAGGAAAAGGACACAAACAGUUGGAUGUUAACUAUUUGCAAUAUGUAAAAUGAAUGCGUCAAUGAAAGCAUGCAAAAUCAAGCCAAACAGAGAUUUCAGAAGGCUGCACUUCAUGUAGCUGCUUUGCCUGUCUGGGAAAUAGGCCUUUACUUGCUGCUGUCAGCUGGUUCUCACUUCUACUCAUUUUAUGAGGUUUACAAAGUCUCAAAAGACUAUGAAGAAGAACUCGCGAGCGAAUUUGAAUUUGAACAAGGAUUUUUCAUUUGGGGAUUUAAAAAGGAUCCAACAGACUUUGAAUGGAGUUUCUGGACAGAGUGGGGUCAGAAUUAUUUAAUCUGGACACUGAUUGGACAUUCACUUGUUUCAAAGGUGUCCGGAAUGUGUAUUCCCAAGUUUAGAGUUUGGUUUCUGAUGCUGUAUGGCUUGCUGGCCUCUUUAUUUCUGUUGGGCCUGAAAGGCCUGGCUGUGGUUCUGCUACACAUGGCCCUCUCCUACACUGUGGCCAUGCUGAGAGUGCCUCUUCUGUCUUGGCUCUGCUCCCUGCUGCUGCUCUGCACACUACACAUGAGCUCACUGGAAGAAAUGCAGAGAAGUUGGUACAAGACAGAGAAUGAAUACUACCUGCUGCUUUUCAGCCUGGCUAUGUGUUGCCUGCGGUACACCAGCUUCAGCCUGGAGUACUGCUGGCAAGAUUCUGGGCAGAAGAGUGACAGGUCUUUCUUUUGUUUCACUGCCUACCUUUUCUACUACCCCUUGUUUCACAACGGACCCAUCAUAAACUAUGAAGAGUUCACCUGGCAGAUGUGGAGACAGGAUUCAGGAGUUGUGCAGACUGACAUCUGUACUGUGAUUCUGAGUGUUGCAAGAAUAUUCCUCUGGUGGUUACUUGCGGAGUCUAUGAUUCAGUUCAUGUACAUGCAUGCAAUUCAGAGCCACGCGACACUCCUGGAAAUUGUGCCAAUCUGGGCCUUAGGUGGCCUGGCACUGGCCCAUGUACUGUUUUUCUAUGUGAAGUACUUGGUGCUUUUUGGUGUGCCAGCCCUGAUUGUUAAACUGGAUGGCAUUGAAGCACCUAGACUACCGCGCUGUGUCAGCACCAUGUACAGUUUCACUGGAAUGUGGAGGAAUUUUGAUGUAGGGCUGCAUCGUUGGCUUAUUAGGUACAUCUAUGUUCCAAUGGGAGGUUCUCAGCAUGGGUUUCUGGGAAAGAUGUUUUCGUCUGGAAUGGCCUUUGGGUUUGUUUACUACUGGCAUGGUGGCCAUGAUUACCUUCUUAACUGGGCAGUAUUGAAUUGGCUGGGAGUCAUAGCAGAAAAUGGAGUGAAGACAGUCGCUUCUUUUCCACCUGUUCAAGGGUUAAUUGAGCAGUCCUUGUCGGCAGGAAUGAUCCGAAGAGGUCACGCUCUCCUGUCGGCUUUCUGUACAGCUAUGCUAAUACUGUCAAACCUGGUGUUUCUCGGAGGAAACCACAUAGGGAGGAUCUACUGGAACAGGAUUUUUGUGCAAGGCUGGCCAGGAGCAACCAUACCUAUCCUUGUUUUUUUGUAUUGCUUUGCACAAGUUGGGAUGGAAUGGGAAAGAACACAUCCAUAAAAAUGAUUGUAAACUACAAUGCAACUGUUGUUUAGUGAAUGGGAAGUCUAAAUAAAAGACUCCACAGAUUUUGUAAGACAUUUGAAUAGUUGUACUUUUUAUCUUUUUCUGCGCACUAAUAUGACUAUGCUAGUAGAGAGUCUAAUUUCUUCUGAAAUGUACAAAUAUAAUUGACUUAUUAAUUGACUGGCAUUGCCUUUUAACUGUGGUGCAGCUGUCCUUAUAACUGGUUUUAAGUAUGGUAACAAAACUAACAACUAAGAAAUUUGACCAGUUGGCCAUUUUAGUUUUAUCAUUAUGUAAUUACACAUUAGCGCUAUUGCAUUUUUUUGGUAUUUGCCUCUUUUACUCAUGUAAAAAUACAGGUUGUGGUUAGGAGGCGAGGAGCUUCUCAAAAGGAAAUAAGUAAGUGUUCUUUUGGAGAAGGUGUUAAUUUUGAAUUCUGCUAAAACAGAUCUUGGGGAAAGGAUACAGAACAGCGCAUGGCGUGUACAGAAUCUUCUUGUGUACAAUCUUUUUGUUACGCUGUUUUGUGCAUUACUAUUGUAAUUGUAUCAGUAGAGGACCUCUACUGAUACAAGUGUGCUUAAAUUGAGAUUUCCAAAAGGGACCAAAUACAAAGUCUGCACAACAGGGAAAUCGUUAUCCUGAUAGAAUUUGAAAUACACAACAUGUGUCAUGAAGUGAUCUGUUAUUUGUUAAACUUCGUUGGAAGAACAUGUUUGUAUAUUGUGGCGGUGUCACGUGAUGUUCCUAAAACAUUGUAAGCAAAUAAAAAAAAAUACAUCUAAAACAUAAUGGAACAACCAUGCAAAUGUGAUUUAAUAAAAUCACACUGGUCUAUGCUGUAACUCAUGAUGAAAUUACUGUUCUACAAAUAAAGUUGGCAUGCGCUGCACAGAGUUUGUUUAUAAUUGCUGUGUAAGAUGCGCAUGGCUGCAUCCAAUCAUAAACAUUGAAUCCCUGAGAGAUCCAAAAUCUUGUUUUCAGCUUGGUUGGGAUUUAAGGUGUACUUUAUAUCUUCAGCUUUUUCAGAAUAUCUCAUUCAGUAUCCCCUUCAUAUCCUGUUGUGUGUGCUAUCUGUCAUUUCUAUGUGGUUUCUGCCCAGAUUAUUAUUUCUUAUGCUUUCUAAUUAUUCCAGCAAUAAAAAAAUAAAUAAAUAAAUAACAGUAACUGAUUUUCAGUAAUUGAAAAUCUACUUCUGAAAAAAGGUAGAGGAUUGUAAUUUCUGUCUCCUCUGGGAGCACUAUGAUAUUGUAUAGACAGUUUCCAUUUACUCUCUUACACAUGGAGAGGGUGCACACCACUAGUGGUAAAUAAUAUCUUGUUUCAAGAGGCUUAGGUGGCAAUCCUGGUAAAUAAUCCUAUAAAAAGAAAUAGCAGCAGAUAAAUAUACAACCCAAGUAUCCCUUUUUAAUGAUUACUUUCUUCCUUUCUAUUUUGUAUUUGGCUCUGUCUGCUGUAGAGUUUGCUAUAUUAGGUGAAUACUUGUUUUACCACGUUCUGUGCUUCCUGAUUUUAGACAGAUUAUGUGCGAUUGUUGGCUUCACCAGUUUCUAUUUUAUUAUGUAGAGUGGUCAAAAGUAGCAUUUCAGGAUACAUAUAGAUUGAAAAGCUUUCUUGCAGUGAUCAAACUGCAGAUCCAUCUGUUGGUUUGGAGAGGUAUAGCAUGCAGUACUGUAAACAAAACUGGUGAAUAAUGUGGCACUGUAGCCCAUUAUAUAUGUUUAUAGUUUGUAAUUUGGCAACAUAACAAGCCCAGCCUGUUAUUGGAGAUGUGUUUUGUUUUAUUUAAAUAGUAUAGUAUCAUCUUGUUUAGUUUCCUGUGUUGUAUUUAAUUACACUUUUAGUAGAAUAGGCUUUUUUUUGGACUGUAAUUGGUACUUAAGGGCUAACUGAUAUUAUGACCAAACCACGUGGACCCCAGUUGUUUAUGGUUCAAAGAAAAGCUUUUGAAGAGGUUUGAUUCAUGUUUUGUUUUCACAUGAAUGUAUGGUGAGUCUUCGGGGGAAAACUAUAAACAUCAGAACACGAUUACUGUUAACAGUGUGUUGGGUCACAGCCAGGACAGAACAAAUUCAAUGUGAAACGGCCAGGUGGUGUUUAAAUUGUUCUGAAGCAUAUGUGCUUUGGGACGUCCUGCAGGAAAAUCUGUUGACAGAGUCAUCACUUUUGAGGUAUUUCCUUACAAAAUUAGUAGUAAUUUUAAUUUUACUAGAUAAUAAAAGGUCUUUCAGGUCUGCUGAAUGGCACCGUGGUGAAGGAAAUUGCCAUUGGGUUUAUGGUAUUUGGAUAAAUGACAUUGCUUUGUUUCUUUUCUUGACAUUUUAUAUGAGGAAAAAAUGAAAGGUAAUAUGACAUACGAAGAACAACAUUCCUCCAUCCAGGGGAGCAACCAUCAAGAAAAUUUGUCCAGGGUACAUGGAAGCAGCUAGAGACUGGAAAAUGCUGGCAGAUGUUGGACAACAGCUUAGUUUCCUACCACUAACACUAACCAGCUCACAUAUCCAUAACACUAAAAGUAUAAGCACUAAUGAGAUUAGCAAGCAGGUCAAAGAAAAACAUGUUUAAUUACUAAUGCUCAAAGCAGACUAAGUUGCAGAGUGAUGAGAGAUUGAAGUAUUAUCCUAAACCUUGCUAACUUCUUAUUCAGUUAAAGGACACUGCUUUUUGCGGACCAUGUAUGAACCAUAUUUCUAGAAGGUAAAAUUGUAUGGUAUCUUGUGGCAAAGUGCCCGCCCCUGUGUGUAUUUUGUGUCAUGUGUUUUGUUUUAAUGUUGGUGUAUAGUCAUUGG